UCAAAGUGCUCUCAAGUAAACCGGACAUCAUUGGACAUUAAGUGUUAACAGUCAGUGUGUGAAAUGUUGAAAUCAAAAGUCACAUGAAGAAGAGUUUAUCAACAUUUUCUAUUUUUUCAUACUUCAAACUGACCAUGAGGUUAUGGUUGAAGAAAAGGUGAGGUGGUGUGAUGCCACCAUGGAGACGCACAACAACAACCAGCCGGCGUUAGACAACCUCAAGAGCUUGUACAAGUUACCUGGUCAGGAGGAUCAGAAUAACUUGCAAAGCUGUAACUAUUGCUGUACCCUUUCCAACUUUCGGAUUGAGAAGAAGAUCGGCCGUGGUCAGUUCAGCGUGGUUUACAAAGCCACGUACCUGCUUGAAGGACGUCUGGUGGCUCUGAAGAAAGUCCAGAUUUUCGAGAUGAUGGAUGCCAAGGCUCGUCAGGACUGCAUCAAAGAAAUCGAUCUACUGAAGCAGCUCAAUCAUCCCAAUGUGAUCAAAUACCUCGACUCUUUCAUAGAAGAUAAUGAACUCAACAUUGUUCUGGAGCUGGCGGAUGCUGGAGAUCUGUCUCAGAUGAUAAAGUUCUUCAAGAAGAAGCGUCGCCUGAUUCCGGAGAGGACUAUAUGGAAGUACUUUGUGCAGCUGUGCAGUGCUCUGGAGCACAUGCACUCACGCAGAGUCAUGCAUCGUGACAUCAAACCAGCCAACGUGUUCAUCACUGCCACCGGAGAGGUCAAGCUGGGAGAUCUUGGAUUGGGACGCUUCUUCAGCUCCAAAACAACUGCGGCUCACUCCCUGGUGGGGACUCCGUACUACAUGUCGCCUGAGAGAAUCCAUGAGAACGGCUACAACUUUAAGUCGGACAUCUGGUCGCUGGGAUGCCUCCUGUAUGAAAUGGCGGCACUACACAGUCCUUUCUACGGCGACAAGAUGAAUCUGCUGUCUUUGUGCCAUAAAAUUGAGCAGUGUGAUUACCCUCCGCUCCCGCCUGACCAUUACUCUGAGAAGCUUCGGGAACUGGUGAGCACAUGCAUCAACCCGGACCCUGACCAGCGGCCAGACAUCGUCUUUGUGCAUCAGAUGGCCAAACAGAUGCACAUGUGGACUGCCAGCACCUGAUUCUGCAGGGGGCCCAUCUGACCUUGUAUGAGAACCUCAUACCACUCCAUGUAAGUUCUGCCGCCCUGGCAGAAGCCUGUUACCCUCUCCUGCUCUGGUCUGGAGGAAGCGACUUGCACAGUGGACUGUGAUGUUGACGCUGACGUCCAAACAUUGACUUCCAUGGUGGAUAAGGAGCGCUUCAGUGGGGCAGCCCUCACGGGAGGUGGAGUUCUUUGAGAGAAGUGACUGUGUAUAUUAUUUUCACCAGAUAUUUGAGUCUCAUGAUGAUGACAUCACUAUCUGGCCUCCUCUUACAUCACACCUGCAGGGUUGCAUUCCAAAUUAUACCCUGUCUCUGAGGUGAAGUUUGCAGCAGAGCUGAGCUUCUCAUCUAUCAUUGUAUUCAUAAACACACAUAGUUCUUCUGUAUAUUUCAAUGGUCAGGUACUUACUGCUUUUAUUGACGUCCUUAUUGAGCAACUGUUGUAAAGGCUGCUAUUAAUCUAAAUCCCCUUGUUUAGCUGAAGUUCAUCAUUGCAACUAGAUCUUGGUCCCCACCUAGUGGCUGCGUGCAGUAUAGCGAGUGGUCCGAGCUGAGCGUUCAACCUGGGAAAGUACAAAUGGUUGCGUAAUAGUGAGGCCUCCGUACUUGGCAAUAAUAGUGAGGCAGAAGUCAUGUUACCUGAAAUAAAUGCCUUUUGUUCAAUGACCUGGAUAAGUGGUAAAAGAAAAAGUGGAGGCUGGUUAUGACAAACGUUUUCGAUUGUACCAUUUUAACCAGUGCAGACCACCAACACCGUUUUUUUUUGGGCCGGCACUACUGGAUUGCAGUCAUAAUUAAAUUUUGUUUUCAUGUUUAGAACUCUCUUCAAUAAAAACCGUGCCAAACACAGCUCAACACAGGAGGAGUGAGUCAUUGAUAUGUAGUAGGAGCAUAAUACAUGUGGAGUAUAAAUGCAAAUAAUCGGUGGUAAGAUAUUUACUUGAUAGACAUGGAGACCACAGCAUAUUGUUUACACAUUUAUAAGACCUUGUUUACUGAACAAUAAACCAUCCUCUUUCAAUAAUGUCACUGUGGUGGUGGGACUUUUUUUUGUCUGAUGUAUGCUACAUUUAGAGUGCUUGUACAAAACCCGUUUUUCAACUUACAUGUUGCAAAUGACGACCAUUGUUACUGUGAAACUGCACACUCCCUGGAAUCGAGAUGCUGUGAAAGCCACUUUGAAUCAUUUGUACUAAACAUUUAAAAGUAAGUGGUAUUUUAAUCUCUGUAUUGAUCGUGUUUUUAUACAGUGCUUUCUUUUUUCUUCUAUAGAAAUGUCUUGCUUUUGUAAGUAAACUGCUAAAAUAAAAACUGUGUUUUUGGUGGGAGUGAGA